ACCAAUCAAAAAAAAGUGUUGCUAAAAUUGGCAUCCGGCGUCCUUGAUGUUUGUGCCUAGCUUGACGUGUCAAUAGACACGGCACACGAACGAUGCGUUGUACACACUGGUCAUAAAACAGCAGAGAUCAAAGUUGGUCAGUUGCUUUACGGCAUCGGGCAAGUACACACGCUCGUGGACGACGGCUCAACAAAUCCCUCGCCAAUCAACACAUUGUGUGUGGGUGUAUUCACGUUCGCAAGAUUUUUUAUUUCAUUUUGUAUAUUUCACAGAGAACAGAAUCAUACUUCAAUCUGUGGUGAGGAAAAUAAUCGGACUUUAAAAACUCUGUAAAGAGAAACUCGUGUCGACAUCGUAAACACGGUCGAGAUUCAUGAUAAAAACGUGGGAGGCUCACAUCACCGAAGAUUGACAAGUGAGGACGAGGAGAGUGAAAACGAGGAGGCGCAGACAGACAAACGUCGAGCUCGAUUGCUAAACUCAUUUCAUUGGAAGAAAGAAAAGUUUUCCGCUCAAGGAGCAAGUGUUGAUCGAGCGUCGAUCGAAGGAACAGUGUAACGUGCAAGACAUACUGCGUGUAGUGUACUUGAACGGUCGUAAAAUCUCAACGACCACGCAAUUGCUAACCUCCUACCACCACGAAGGGACGGAAGGAUAUCUAAAAGCGCACUUCGACUUUCAAGUGCCACACAAUUGGCCUAAAAAUUCACGAAGUUUUGUAGAGCAAUUUAAACAUACUUGUACUUUCCAAAUCCGGUUAUCGAGGAUUUUUUAUCAUUGAACCCUGGACGACCACAGAAAGAUGGUUUUACAAGCUAGCCACGCAGGACAGUCCAACGCGUCGUGCGGCUUGAACUCAACCCAACUAAGUAAAACUAACAACGUAAAACACGAAACGAAAGGUGAUAAAAACGAACAUGGAAUUAGCAAGAACGAUCACGUUAAACGACCCAUGAACGCAUUCAUGGUUUGGUCCCAGAUUGAGCGGCGGAAAAUGGCCGAAGAACAUCCAGAUAUGCAUAAUGCAGAGAUCAGUAAACGAUUGGGAAAGCAAUGGAAGUUGCUUAGUGACGCCGAAAAGCGACCUUUCGUUGAAGAAUCUGAACGACUGCGCGUCCGACACAUGAAGGAUUAUCCAGACUAUAAAUACAGACCACGUAAGAAAAAAACUCCGAAAAAAACAAAUUCCGAGCCACAGAAGGCGCACCCCGUUCCUAUGGAGCAAAACAACUUUCAAGUAAGACAAAUACAAUCAAUGGUUCGAUCAAAUCCAGCAGCGUACAGCUUCAUCCCGGAUGCAAGGAUCUUCAAUACUGAUGUCGUCGGCAAUAUAAAACAACGACACGACGCGUUUGCCACUGUACCUGUGGCAAAUCCUACCCAGACACCGAACGUGCCCGACUCGAUUCUCACUAGUCCAGAUGAUCAGAUAGAUCAGCUAUCAAUGUACGAGGAUUUCGAUCGUAAGCAGGACAUCAACGGCAUAAAGAGACAGUUGACAGCGCCCGCAGUUGUAGGACAAGUGCCAACAUCAUGGCCUAACCUUGAACUUGCUGGACUAAAUAUCAAUAACCUACCCAUGUCGCCACUAUUAGAUUUUAAUUCAGGAACUUCGCAUUUUGACUUUCCCGAUAUGUAUACACCGCCAGAAGUGUCCGAGAUCAUACAGGGUCAAUGGUUGGAGAAUAGCCUUGGGCAAAUCACGAACAUGUAGGCCUUGUAACCUAACCCAGAACCUCAUCUCGAGAUUGUACAUUAAAACUUGCCGGGAAAAUAUUCUCGUGAAAUCAAACAGUAAGAUGCUUGGAUUUCAUGAUUCUGAUUCUCUUUGAUAUUUAUAUGUUACCACACGGCCUGAAUUGGCCCGUGGACCAUGCGUGGUCAUGCUUUCUAAAACAAACUUUGUUUUAAAAUGAACGAAUGACUGUACGCUUGAGUUUUAUACGAAUUCAUCUAAUAAUAAAUUUGGCAAUAUUUUUCAGGAAAUAUACACGUUUGUCUUGAACGUGCCAGUCGUGUAAUGCGACAUUACUUGAUUGUAAAGCACUUAGGAAUUUUUAAAUUUUUAUAGAAUAUUCUUUACACAGUUUGUUCAACCACACGAGGCGAUUGAAAAAAUUGCCGCAAUUUGUAGCGAUCUGUUAAUAUUAAGUUUGUUUACGUGAUCAUCAAAAACAGUUUUUACAUGAAGUUGUGAUCAAUAAAACUCCUUCGAACGGGAGUUUUUCAAUGCGUCGCAAGUCAAACGACCACAAGUAUAGGCUAUGAAACAAAGCGUAAGAGGAAGAUCUCUUAAAAAUAAAAUGCUGUGCUUGGUCCUUUGAUUUGCGCUACGAAUAUAUGUAGUUAUAAGCGCUGUACAAAUUUUAUCUAGGUGUGAAUUUUCUAUUUAUCGUUGUUAAAUAAUAUAUGUGAUUAUUACGUAAGAGGAAAGAUACGAUUUAUCAUCAAGUUUGAUGUAUACGUCGGGUCGUUAAUAAAAAUGAUUAGAUUUUAA